AGUGUGAACCUUCACCAACUCUGUUAUUGCUGUGCCUCUGACAGUAUCUCUGAGAAUCAAUAAAAAUUAUUGUAACAAGAAAUGUUGGAAAUGAUUCUUUAAUCUGUACCCUAAGGCUUAACCAUACAUUUAAUCUCUCACAGCAGAAAUUUCAACAUGGUUCCAAGGCCAUUGGUUCUGGCCAGGAUGCCCAAUACAGAUCACCAGCCAGACCCUUCUUCAAAGAGGAGGGAUGUUGUGGUCACCAUUUGUGCUGGGUUAUCCUUCACUGAUGCUCUCCUGAGGGCCUUUGCUACUUCCUGGACAACCUACUCAGCUGAUGUAGCCAAACAUUUGCAAGAUGAAAUGGAAGAAUGCCUUGCUUGCACACCUCCUUGGUCUGACCUCAUGUUGCUCACCCAAGUGAUUGCCUCCUGCAUGUUGCUUGUGGGGGUCAAGAGAAGAAAAGCUGUGGAUUUCCUGCCAUGGCUGAUGCUGACACCUUGCAUGUUGUUUUAUGUAUUCUAUGAGGUUUUGUGUGUUUGGGCAGUGGAUGCAAGGUUCAGGACACAAAGGAUCCCCCUCAAGUGCCUUCACAACUUUGUGGAUUUGUUUCAGAGUGCUUCAGGAAGUCUCCCAUCCCAUGAUGACAGCCAAUGGUUGAACAUUGCAAAAAUGGUAUCCUAUGCUAUGUAUUCUGCUGGCUGGGUUGCCAUGUAUCUUGUGGUUCUUCAAAAGUGCCUCAGUAUGACCUGUGGCAGCAAGCAACCAAGCCAGGGAUCAAGCCCUGGAAGGGCUCUCAACUGUAGAUCCACCAGGACAGACAUGCUGGAAAGUGGAACCAAUGACCACAAUGCUGAAAGCCCUUUCAACAAGACCAUCAUUGUAAGACCACUGUUUGCACCUCCGGCUUAUGAUGAUGUGGUCAGGGAGGAACAGCAAAUGAGGAGUCAUUCUCAAAACAUUUCAGAAGUUGUCCAGCAUCCUGGAGAUCAUGGUGAUCUCAGGGCUUGAUCCUUGUGUCAAUAAAGUUUCAAAAUUUCAACAAAAAA